UCCAAUAAAUAUCUCCCAGCAUGUUCCUGCAGGCUGCAGCAACCUCAGUACCUCACCGCACUCAUCCUCCUGACUUCUUGUUCACUUCCAAGUCAGUGUAGAGGCUUUCUGCGCAACAGAGGGACAGAGAAACAGAGAGAGAAAUGGGGAGCAGGCAGCACCUCUGCUGCCUGUCGACCCUGCUCCUGCUCCUCCUCCUGGGGCUCGCAUCCGGACAGGUCCUGUUCCAGGCGUUCAACUGGGAGUCGUGGAAGCAGAGCGGCGGGUGGUACAACCUCCUGAUGGGGAAGGUCGACGACAUCGCCGCCGCCGGCGUCACGCACGUCUGGCUGCCGCCGCCGUCGCACUCCGUCUCCGCCCAAGGUUACAUGCCUGGUCGUCUGUACGACCUGGACGCGUCCAAGUACGGGACGGCGGCGGAACUCAGGUCCCUGAUCGCCGCGUUCCACGGCAAGGGCGUCCAGGCGGUGGCGGACAUCGUCAUCAACCACCGGUGCGCGGACUACAAGGACCCCCGCGGCAUCUACUGCAUCUUCGAGGGCGGCGCGCCCGACGGCCGCCUGGACUGGGGCCCCCACAUGAUCUGCCGCGACGACGCCCAGUACUCGGACGGCACGGGCAACCUCGACACCGGCGCCGGCUUCGCCGCGGCGCCGGACAUCGACCACCUCAACGGCCGCGUCCGGCGCGAGCUCACCGAGUGGCUGCUCUGGCUCAAGUCGGACGACAUCGGCUUCGACGCCUGGCGCCUCGACUUCGCUAGGGGGUACUCCGCCGCGGUCGCCGGGGCAUACAUCAACGGCACGGCCCCGAGCUUCGCCGUCGCCGAGAUCUGGGACACCAUGGCGUACGGCUGGGACGGUAAGCUGGAGUACGACCAGGACGCGCACCGGCAGGCGCUGGUGGACUGGGUGGACGAGGCGGGCGGGGCGGCGUCGCCGGCGGCGGUGUUCGACUUCACCACCAAGGGGAUCCUGAACGCCGCCGUGGAGGGCGAGCUGUGGCGGCUCAUCGACCCGCAGGGGAAGGCGCCCGGCGUGAUCGGGUGGUGGCCGGCGAAGGCCGUCACGUUCGUCGACAACCACGACACCGGCUCCACGCAGGCGAUGUGGCCGUUCCCCGCCGACAAGGUCAUGCAAGGCUACGCCUACAUACUCACACACCCGGGCAACCCAUGCAUUUUCUACGACCAUUUCUUCGACUGGGGGUUCAAGGACGAGAUCACGGCGCUAGUGGCGGUGCGGAAGCGCAACGGCAUCACGCCGGCGAGUGAGCUGACGAUCCUCGAGUACGACGGCGAUGCCUACUUGGCGGAGGUCGACGGCAAGGUGAUCGUGAAGAUCGGCUCCAGGUACGAUGUCAGCGCGCUCAUCCCCGCGGGGUACCAGGUCGUUGCGCACGGCAACGACUACGCCGUCUGGGAGAAAGGCGCCGGCGAAGAAGUGACUCAAGCGUAAUCUCAAUGUGAUUCUAAAUUGUAAUACGAUUUGUGUUCUCUACUCCAUGGAAUUUUUGCGAAGCCCAACGUUUUCGAUGGUAAAAAUCCAAAGUUCUCUGAAUAUGGUAUACAUGCAAUUUACACUAUA